AUGGAGCCCCAGCUCAGCGGAGCGGACAAUGCCCUGGGCGAGGCGGGGGAGCCCUGCCUGGCUGACCCUGCCACCAGCUCCGGGAAACUCAAGAAGAGCAAGAAGAAGAUGCUGGAGCCGAAGAAGUGGCAGAGCCUGGAGGAGACGGGGAGCGAUGCCUCCCAGCCAAGGAGACGCCCCAGCCUCUCCAGAUCAAAGACCUAUGACCCAUCCUUCUCCAAAGAGACCGAACAGGAGCUGACGCUGGGCAGGCAGAGGGCCACCUCGUCCGCUUUAGCCAAGCGCCUGGCGAGCUACCACAAGGCCUUCAAGGAGAUGCCCGAGGAGGAGUCCCUACUGGACAGUGUCUCCUGUGCCUGGCAAAGGGAAGUCCCCUAUCACGGGCGCCUCUACAUCUCCCAGAACUACAUCUGCUUCCACUGCAGCAUGCUGCUCCGGGACGUCAAGGUGGUGAUCCCCGUCUCCUCUGUCGCCAUCCUCAAGAAGGCGAACACGGCGCUGCUGGUGCCCAACGCCCUCAGCAUUCGGACCGCCGAGGGCGAGAAGGUGCGAGCAGAGGGCAAGUUUCUCUUUGUCUCCAUGCGGACCCGGGAGGCCAUGUACCAGCUGCUGCGAUCGGUCUGCAAACACCUGCAGGACGGGAGCACGAGCAGCAGCCCCCCGGCCUCGCCCGCCAACACCAGCUCUGAGCUCCGCGAGAAGGCUCUGACCUCGAGCCAGUCGGACCUGGAGCUGAACCCCCCCGAGUCUGACGGCCUCCUGGACCAGCAAGACGGGCUGGGCCCGAAGCAGAGCAGAGAGGACGAGGGCGAGGAGACGGCAGCGCCGAGCACAGGGGUCACAUGGCCAGGCAGGCAGAUGAAGAAGAAGCCCAGGGGCUGGUGGGCGCAACUGAGCACCCUCAACGUCGUCAUCCUCAUCUACCUGCUGCUGGUGGUGGUGUUGCUGCUGUCCUCGGGGUACAUCGGCCUGCGGAUCGUGGCACUGGAGCAGCAGCUGAUGUCAAUGGGGGCCUGGCCGGAGCUCGACCUACACCAGUGA